AUGUCGCCUCGACGCCCCCCGGCCUCGUCGGCAUCCAGUUACUACCCGCCGGCAGCUUCGUCACCUGAUUCUCAUCAUCAGUCCCAUCAUCACACUCGCGAGAAGCCGGCAUCAGGUCGAGUCUAUGACCCCACGACGGACACCACCAAGGAGCGCAGGGUAUCCGACUCCUGGCACAACGCGCCCCAGAACUCCACGCCAAAGGCUCCCCGCGACCCUUACCCCUACGAUCUGAAACCUGCCGACCAACACCCUUCAUCUUCAUACUACAGCAACAACAACGGCCAUUACACGCCGCCUAGGCAGUCAUACACCAGGCCGCGAAGCCCGCUCUCCCACCCCCACCCGAGCUUGCCUGCUGGCUCUCACAGCCCACCGAGCCGCACAGCCCAACUCGCUUCGCCUUCACAAAGACAUGUACCCGCGGUCACUUUGAACUCAACCACCAACGGCUCCCCAGCCAUGUCAACCAUCAUCAAGUCAGAGCCUCGGGCGGCCUCCCCAUCAAAACCGGCGCCUGCAUCAUCGACGAAUACCCCUGGUCGAUCGGCUGAUCCCAUGUCCUUUUCCAAUAUUUUGUCCAGUGCUGAACCUGCUCCGAAGACUGCACCCGAGCCGCGAGCUCACACUCCAGGGGCCCCUGAGCCGGAGCAAGAUGGUGACACUGAAAUCGAGCCAGAGAGGGAUGUCGAGGCUGAGCCCGAACCUGCCCGGGUCAGAAAAACCGAAUCAGUUGUGAGGAAGAAGCCCGGUCGACGCCCAACAAAAGGUCGAGCAUCGGAUAUCCGGGAAGCCGAAGCCCCCAAGGGUAAGCGCCGUUCUUCAAUCAAGAGAGAGUCGCCCCAACCUCGAUCAGCCUCGAAACGCCUAGCAAAUGGCCAGCCCAAGGCUACCAAGACCUGGUCCAGUGAGAUGGAGAAGAAGAUAUCAAACUCUGAAAUUCAGAUUGAGAAUGACGUAUCGAGCCUCGACCCGACUGAAUUUGACGAGCAAGAAUACAAGGAGCGUGCUCAAAAGCGCAGACGCGUCAUGAUCGAUUUCGACGCCGAACAGGGACGUCUUCGGCGCAAUGAAUACACCAAACAAGCGGCAAAAAAACUGGCUCUCCACUCGGAACUCGGCAAGCGGCGAUACGACGAUGUCUUCUAUGACCAGGCGCUUCAUGAGGUUCGCGAGCAGGAGCUCUUUGCCGAGAAGGAGCGCAAAAAGGAUAUGCAGCGAAAGCGGCGUCGUGAGAAGUCCAUGGCUGUCACCAUUGAACUCAAAGAAGCGGCCUUGGCCAGAGCAAACGCCGCCGAGGACGAAAACGAGCGCCAGAAGCACUUGCGCGAUGCCGAGCGUGCAAACAAAAAGGCACAGCAGACCAAACUUAUUCUUCAAAAGGGCAUCAAAGGGCCGGCGCGCAAUCUGGAGCUCAACUUGGAGGGCGGCACCAUGUCUAGUUUUCUAGCUUCAGAUGCCGAGACUCCUAAAAAGGGCCGAGGCAAAGGAGGUCGCCUCAAGAAAUCCAAGGAGCAGAAGAAGGCCGAAAAGGACUCUGCCGAGGCCGCCCAAGCCCUGCUUGAUGCGGGCAAGGAACUUCCUCCCAAGGAGGAGAGUAAGGUCCGAAUCAAGAUCAAGGGCCGCCCCAAGGAAAAGGACAAGGAAAAGGAAAAGGACACUGAGAAGGCUAAAGAGAGCAAGGAGCCUGUCAAGGAGAAGAAGGACGAGGUUUCCGAACAGGAGAAGAAGUUCACGUCCAAGGGCUACAAUCAGAUCUACGAGCAGAUUUGGCGCGACAUGGCUCGUAAGGAUGUCAACAAGACGUUCAAGAUGGCCGUCGAUUCCUACGCGACAAAGGCUUCCAACCUCAAGAAGACGGCCAUUCUGGCAUCGAAAGAAGCUAAGCGAUGGCAGCUGCGGACCAACAAGGGCACCAAGGAUCUCCAGGCACGUGCCAAGCGAGUCAUGCGUGACAUGAUGGGCUUCUGGAAACGCAACGAACGUGAAGAGCGUGACUUGCGCAAGGCCGCCGAGAAGCAAGAGAUUGAAAACGCGCGACGAGAGGAAGCAGACCGUGAAGCAGCUCGCCAGAAGAGAAAGCUCAACUUCCUCAUCUCUCAAACCGAACUGUACUCUCACUUUAUUGGGAAGAAGAUCAAGACUGAUGAAGUAGAGCGAAGCACUGAUAACCCUGACAUUGCCAAGCCCAGCGGCGAAGUACCCCAAAACAAGCUCGACAUUGCGGAACCAACUGGCCCUGUCGGAGACAGAGUUACCGACUUCGAGAACCUAGACUUUGACAAUGAGGACGAGACCCAGUUGCAGGCCGCUGCCAUGGCGAAUGCUCAGAAUGCCAUUGCAGAGGCGCAAAAGAAAGCACGCGCCUUCAACAAUGAAGGUGGCCUGGACAUGGAUGAAGAAGGCGAGAUGAACUUCCAGAAUCCUACAGGUCUGGGAGAAAUGGAAGUCGAGCAGCCCAAGCUUAUCAACGCGCAGCUCAAGGAGUAUCAGCUCAAGGGUCUCAACUGGCUGGUCAACCUAUACGAACAGGGCAUCAACGGCAUCCUGGCUGAUGAGAUGGGUCUCGGAAAGACGGUGCAGUCAAUCUCGGUCAUGGCGUACCUUGCUGAGAAACACGACAUCUGGGGACCGUUUCUGGUUGUUGCACCCGCCUCAACGUUGCACAAUUGGCAACAGGAAAUCGCCAAGUUUGUUCCCGAAUUCAAGAUUCUCCCAUACUGGGGUAGUGCGCCGGACCGCAAAGUCCUUCGCAAGUUCUGGGACAGGAAGCACUCGACAUAUCGCAAGGACGCCGCCUUCCACGUCUGUGUGACGUCGUACCAACUAGUUGUUUCUGAUGUGGCAUAUUUUCAAAAGAUGCGAUGGCAGUACAUGAUUCUUGACGAAGCUCAGGCCAUCAAGAGCUCGCAGAGCUCCCGAUGGAAGUCGCUGCUGGGCUUUCAUUGCCGCAACAGGCUCUUGCUUACUGGUACUCCUAUUCAGAACAACAUGCAGGAAUUGUGGGCGCUGCUUCACUUCAUCAUGCCGUCUCUUUUCGACUCCCACGACGAAUUCAGCGAAUGGUUUUCCAAGGACAUCGAGUCUCAUGCGCAGAGUAACACAAAGCUCAACGAAGACCAGCUCAAGCGUUUGCACAUGAUUUUGAAGCCUUUUAUGCUCCGCCGUGUCAAGAAACAUGUGCAAAAGGAGCUUGGUGAUAAGAUUGAAUUGGAUGUGUUCUGCAAUCUUACACAUAGACAGCGGGCGUACUACACCAACCUCCGGAACCAGAUCAACAUCAUGGACCUCGUUGAAAAAGCCACACUCGGGGACGACCAGGAUUCGGGCACCCUCAUGAACUUGGUCAUGCAGUUCCGGAAAGUGUGCAAUCACCCGGAUCUGUUUGAGCGUGCCGAAGUGACAGCCCCGUAUUCGUUUGGCUACUUUGCCGAAACUGCCUCGUUUGUGCGAGAAGGAAGUACCGUUACCGCAGGCUACUCUACCCGAAGUCUCGUCAAUUUUGAGCUCCCAGCACUGAUCUGGACGGACGGUGGCCGUCUCAGUAAGGCCUCGAGCGACAAUGCCAAGGCUGGAUGGCGCAACAAGGCUCUGAACCACAUGAUGAACAUUUAUUCCCCUGAUCAUGUGCACGAGAAUGCGCAAGAGUCAAGGGCAUUCUCUUGGCUUCGUUUCGCAGAUGCCUCCCCCGGAGACGUCUACAGGGCCACGCACGACAGCCUCUUCACGCGGGCAGCAAAUGAGCUGCAAAAGAGUGAUGGAAUCGACCAAAUGUCAAUCGUCUACGACGAAGACGGGGAUGAGACUUUUCCCCCUGCGCACGCCCUGUUCCAAAUUUGCGCCAGGGGAAAUCGUCGUCCCCUUGCUGAAAUUACGAACGAAGGGAUUCUCAACAAUCUGAUGAAUGUUGCUCGCAGCAGUUACAAUGACUCUGGCCUGACCAGGCUGGAGACUGCCGGUCGAUCCCGUGUGUCGGCCCCUCCCGUUGAGGUCUCAUGCAACAGCAUUAGCGCCGUCAGAGAACGGCAAGAGAUGAUGUUCAACCCUGCAAUCCGCAGGGUACUCUACGGUCCUAAUUUUGCGGAGGAGAAAUCACUCAUCGAACAAAAGGUGCCUCUCGAGUUAUACCCUUCGCGCAGCCUUCUCCCCAAGCCCGACAGCGAGAGGAAGCGCUUCACGGAAUUCGUGGUUCCCUCCAUGCGUAAAUUUGUCACGGACAGUGGCAAGCUGGCCAAGCUUGAUGAGUUGUUGUUCAAGCUCAAGAACGAUGGUCACCGAGUCCUGUUGUACUUCCAGAUGACUCGUAUGAUUGACAUGAUGGAGGAGUAUCUUACGUACCGCAACUACAAGUAUUGCCGUCUCGAUGGGUCGACCAAAUUGGAGGAUCGACGUGACACUGUUCACGAUUUCCAGACUCGACCCGAAAUCUUCAUCUUCUUGCUAUCCACACGUGCGGGUGGUUUAGGAAUCAAUCUCACUUCUGCCGACACUGUCAUCUUUUACGACUCGGAUUGGAACCCGACCAUUGACUCGCAGGCCAUGGACCGAGCCCACAGAUUGGGCCAAACGAAACAAGUCACUGUCUAUCGUCUCAUUACCCGUGGUACCAUUGAAGAGAGGAUCCGCAAAAGAGCUCUUCAAAAGGAAGAAGUCCAACGUGUCGUUAUUCAGGGAGGCGGUGCCAGUGUUGACUUCUCUGGUCGCCGCGCGCCCGAGAACCGCAACCGUGACAUCGCCAUGUGGCUGGCUGAUGACGAGCAGGCUGAGAUGAUUGAACGCCGUGAGAAGGAGCUCCUGGAGUCGGGAGAGUACGACAAACAGAAAAAGAGAGGCGGAAAGCGCAAGAAGGCGGAAGCUCCGGCGAGCUUGGAUGACAUGUAUCACGAAGGCGAAGGACAUUUUGAUGACGGCAGCAGAGCUGGAGCGUCUGGCACAGCAACGCCUGCUGAGAGCGAUACGAAGGGCAAGAGGGGACGGGGGAAGACGACGGGGAAACGAGCCAAGACGGCCAAACAACGCCUAGCAAUCGCGGACGGCAUGGUUGAUGCAUGA